UGUCAUAUAUUUCUCAUUUUAACCAUGUCUGCUUAAUUGGGGGACUCUCUUUAGGCCUAUAUCGUUUUGUUUUUAAUUUCCCUCAAUGCCCUUUCAUGGCCAUAAAUAAUAAUAACCAAUACAAAAUGAGUCACUAUAUUUAGCUACCCUUCGUUUCUCUACUUCACUUCCUCCAUAAUAAUACAAUAAUACGUAUAAUACAGUAAUACAUGAUGAUACAAAGCGGGCUACAGAGGUUAUAGCUAUGCAUUCCACCAGUAACCCUCAGGAGGAAAGACAGAGAGAGAGAGAGGAAGAGAGAGAUAAAGGGAGACAGGGAGGAGGAGACAGCGAGGGAGCAUUAUGUGGAAGUCUCCGUGGAAUUUCGUCGUUCUGUUGACAACUCUGAACUUCAUUAAUGGACAAGAUAUCACCACCACCACCACCACCACCAUCUCUUCAAGUCAUCAUGCUGACCUUGCUGACGAUGCUGAACCCACUACAGGAGUCAGCACACACAGGACUCCUCCCCCCUCAGUCUCCCUUCAGCAUACCUCAACUGCCAUACGAUCGGCUAGUGAACCAACCUCACCCAUAGAAGAGUCAACCAUGCAAGCCUCACUGACAACCACACCACCACCACCACCACCAACAACAACAACAACACCAACAACAACUGCUACUACUACUACUACUACUGAUACUACUACUGCUACUGCAACUCCUACUACUACUGCUACUACUACUGCAACUACUACUACUACUACAACCCCAACUCCUACUACUACUACUACUACAGCUCCUACUACUUCUACUACUACUACGACCCCUACUACUACUACUACUACUACUACAGCUCCUACUACUUCUACUACUACUACGACCCCUACUACUACUACUACUACUACCACCACAGCUGCUACCACUACUACAACCUCUACUACUACUACUACCCCUACUACUACUACUACUCCUACUACUACAACUACUACUGCCACUCCACCACUCACCACAACCAUUGCCACAACUCCACAACCAUCCCCUCCUACCACCACCAUUACCACGGCCUCAACCGAAACUCCUAAUGCCUCAACCACGAACCCAUCACCAACAAAGGACACGGUAACGAUCUUCGUGGUAACAUCUGGCUUGUCAUUCAUCGUGGUGGUCUUUCUUUUCUUUGCGUGCAACAGGAAGAGGAACAGUGACAGUCCCAAAGCAAAGGAAGACAAUGGAAUCCCGCUGGAAGAUCUUUGGAUACCCUUAGAAGACGUCCCUAGGGAAUCUACUCCUCUUAAUGCUGAUCCGCCUUUUUCUUCGUCUCCUCGUGAACCUGAAGAGCCGUGCUUGGUCGUGCCGUCCGUUGUGGUCCACGAAGCAAAUGAUAUGAUUCCCUGUGUGUCCUUGGAUAUCAGUGACAUGACCUUGUGCUCGACUUUCCAGGCUCCCUCGGACCAGGAAAUGGAGUAAUAAUAAGAUGAAGUGAAGUUAUGUGUGAGGGAAAGAAAUGUUUGAGGGAAAAGAUUGAUUGAUUGAUAGUUUUAUUGUUGCAAGUAAAACAACAAAGGAGAAGGGAAAAGGAAGAAGGACUGAGGAGAAGAAAUGGACUAAAACAAAAAAAUAUGAUAAUGAGAGGAAAUACGGUUAGAUCAAUAUAAUGAUGAGUUCUGUUAGAUGAGAGGGAAAGAAAGAAAAGAAAAGUUUGAAAGGAAAAGGAAAAAGGACUGAAAAGAAAUGGAGUUCAGAAAAAGUUUGAUAAUAAGAAAUACAGUUAUAGAUAAGUGUAAUGACAAGAAGUGAGGUUAGAUAAGAAGGAAAUAAUUUGAGGGACGAAAAAGUAUGCAAAGGAAAAAUAGAUAAAGAAAUGAAGUUAAAAAAAGCAUAAUUAUAAGAAGAAAUAGUUAGAUAAGUACAAUAAGAAGAAAUGCGAUGUCGAAAGAGGAAAGGGAGUGUUUGACGGACGGAAAAAAUAUAUGAGAAAGAAAAAAAAUUGUAUUGUUAUGUGAUGCGUUAGUGAUAUGGAAAAUUCCGUGCAUAGGAAUAUUUAUAAGAAGAUAAUCAGUUAUGAGAAGAGAGAAAAAAACAACGUUUGAGGGACAGAAAAAUAUGAAGAAGAAAAGUUACUAAAAGGAAAAGAAGGAGAUUAAUGCAAGAAAGAAAGAAGGAAAAGUUUGAGAAUGAAAUACGAAAAAAAAGAAGAAAAGCAGUUAUGAGAAGAGAGAAAGCAACGUUAGAGGGACAAAAAAAAAUGAAAAAGAAAAGUUACUCUAAGGAAAAGAAGAAGAAAAUUAAUGCAAGAAAGAAAGAAGGAAAAGUUUGAGAAUGAAAUACGAAAAAAAAAGAAGAAAAGCAAUUAUGAAAAGAGAGAAAGAAGCAUUAGAGGGACAAAAAGUACAAGAAAAAAAAAUUAUAAAGAGAAGGAAAUCAAUGCGGUGUGGAAUGCAGGAUAGAAAAUUUGGAGGAUGAAAAAGAAAAAAAAAAAAGAAAAGCAAUUAUGAAAAGAGAAAAAAAAGCAUUAAAGGGGGAGAAAGUAUAAAAAAGAAAAAAAAAAGAUUAAAAAUAGAAGAAAAUUAAUGUAGUGUGGAAUGCAGGAUAGAAAAUUUGGAGGAUGAAAAAGAAAAAAAAAGAAAAGCAAUUAUGAAAAGAGGAAAAAGAAGCAUUAAAGGGAAAGAAAGUAUAAAAAAAGAAAAAAAAAGAUUAAAAAUAGAAGAAAAUUAAUGUAGUGUGGAAUGAAGGAUAGAAAAUUUGGAGGAUGAAAAAGAAAAAAAAAAGAAAAGCAAUUAUGAAAAGAGAAAAAAGAAGCAUUAAAGGGAAAGUAUAAAAAAGAAAAAAAAGAUUAAAAAUAGAAGAAAAUUAAUGUAGUGUGGAAUGCAGGAUAGAAAAUUUGGUGGAUGAAAAAGAAAAAGAAAAGAAAAGCAAUUAUGCAAAGAGGAAAAAGAAGCAUUAAAGGGAAAGAAAGUAUAAAAAAGAAAAAAAAAGAUUAAAAAUAGAAGAAAAUUAAUGUAGUGUGGAAUGAAGGAUAGAAAAUUUUGAGUGUGAAAAAGAUAAAAAAAGAAAAGCAAUUAUGAAAAGAGAAAAAAAAUUUGAACGACAGAAUGAAAAGAAGAGAAAAGUGAUUAAGGAGAAGAGGAAGAAAGUUAAUGCAGUGAAGAAUGAGGGAAAUAAAAAUAUUGAGAAUGAAAAAGAAAAAAAAAGAAAAUCAGUUAUGAAAAGAGAGAAAAUAAAUGUUUGAGCGACAGAAAGAAUGAAAAGAAAACUGACUAAGGAGAAGAAGAAAAAGAAAAUCUAAUCCAGUGAGGAAUGAGGGAAAGAAAAUAUUGAGAAUGAAAAAGAAAACAAAAAGAAAAAGUUAUUUGAA